AUGUAUCGUAAAGAUCUUGUCGAAGUUCUGUUGAAGAACUGUGAAGCAAAGGAAAUUUGUUGCGCUAUUCAUUUUAAUAUGCCUUAUGAGGGUGAAAAACAGUACAAUGAUAAGCGGAAAAGAACGAGUUAUUACAAUAUUAAAAACAUAAGUGAACAGCCAACGAGCACACUUUCACUUGGUGAAUAUUAUAGAACGGUCCAUUUUAUCAUUUUGGUGAAAAGAACACAACAUGCUAAGGUCGUCAUUAGGACAGAAAUCAGACGAAAGGACCAAAAAAGCGACCAGUUUUCCAACUGA